GUCCUUUGCUCUUUAACUGUGCUCCCCACAGUGUGCACUUCACUGUCUGGGCUGUUGUUAUCUGACAGCAGCGGACAAUAAAGGGUCAUGCCACUCUCUGUCGUGCUGGACGGUCCAGCCCCCUGGGGCUUUCGCCUGACAGGAGGAAAGGACUUCAACCAGCCCCUCUCCAUCUCCAGGAUCACCCCCGGCAGCAAGGCCUCCAUGGCCAACCUGUGCGCUGGUGACCUCAUCGUGGCCAUCGAGGGAGUCCCCGCCACAGACAUGCUGCACUGUGAGGCCCAGAACAAGAUUAAAGAGGCCACCAGCAGGCUCUGCCUCACUGUGGAAAGGAAUGAGUCCAGACUGUGGUCGCCUCAUGUUGUGGAUAAAGGCAGAGCUCACCCAUAUAAGAUCAAUCUGGAGGCAGAACAACAGGAGCUUAAACCGAUCGGCACCGGUCACAACCGCAAAGCUCAGCCGUUUGUGGCAGCAGCAAACCUCGACGACAAGCGCCAGGUGGUCAGUGCGUCCUACAACACCCCAAUCGGCCUUUACUCCUCAGACAACAUUCAGGACGCCAUGGAGGGUCAGAUGCGAGGCUUUGCUCCCCACAAGCCUGAGAGCCCCAGGACUCUGACCAAAAUCGAGGAUUCUGACGUGUACCGGAUGCUGCAGAAAGACGAGGAGGAGCCUCACGAGCCACGGCAGUCUGGCUCCUUUAAAGCCCUGCAGGACUUUAUUGACAGUGAUGGCACACGUCCCAUUGUGACGAAGACGGUCAAAGCCCCCACGACCAAAGCGACUCCACCCACAGGAAACCUGCAGAAACUGCCCGUCUGCGACAAGUGUGGGAAUGGAAUUGUUGGGACAGUGGUGAAAGCACGUGACAAGUACCGUCACCCCGGUUGCUUUGUGUGCUCCGACUGUGACGUCAACCUCAAACAGAAGGGCUACUUCUUUGUGGAGGGACAGCUGUACUGCGAGGCUCACGCUCGUGCCAGAAUGAGACCACCAGAGGGACACGACCUGAUCACGACUUAUCCGUCAGCGUAGAUUCCUCCUCACAUGCAGCACAGGGACACGUGCAGUAAACAGAGACACACUUCUGUGAUCAAGUUGCACUUUUGAAAUGAUUCUAUACGUGCAGUCAAGCGUCAGCAUGUUCCUGUGAACGUUAACAGUUUGCAGUGUUGUCCUGUUAAUACAGAACACAGCUGAUCAGUGAACAGUCAUGUUGUUUAAAGAGCUCAGCAGCAGACUGGACAACAAGACCUCCCCUAUUCUGUAUUUCUUACCAAUUGUUCUCACAAUCUGAUGUCUGUUCAAUAAAGACUUUCUUUUCAAACUGUCA